UGUGUCUCUAGCAGGGCUUGAAGAGCACCUGAAGGAGUGAAUGCAAAGGCACUCUCUGCUGUCUGCAACCAGCAACUAAGAGCAGAAAUGGAGAAAUCCAGGCCAUUAUGGGACAACCCCUUACAGUUUGUGUUUGCCUGCAUUUCUUAUGCUGUGGGACUGGGCAAUGUAUGGCGCUUUCCCUAUUUAUGCCAGAUGCAUGGAGGAGGUGGAUUUUUAAUUCCAUACCUGAUCAUGUUAAUUGUGGAAGGGAUGCCAUUGUUGUACUUGGAGUUGGCAGUGGGACAGCACAUGCGCCAAGGGAGCAUCGGAGCAUGGAGAGCAAUAAGUCCUUACCUCUGUGGGGUUGGAAUUGCCAGUGUUAUUGUCUCAUUCUUCCUCUCUAUGUACUACAAUGUUAUAAACGCCUGGGCUUUCUGGUACCUCUUCCAUUCAUUCCAGGAUCCUUUGCCAUGGGCAAACUGUCCACUGAAUAUUAACCAUACAGAUUAUGUGGAAGAGUGUGAGAAGGCAACACCCACUCAGUACUUUUGGUACCGGAAAACCCUCAACAUUUCUCCUUCCAUUGAGGAGAGUGGGAGCAUCCAAUGGGAGCAAGCAGCCUGCCUUGUCCUGGCUUGGCUGGUGGUCUAUCUCUGUAUUCUUAGAGGAACUGAACACACAGGCAAGGUGGUGUAUGUGACAGCUACUUUGCCCUAUGUAGUCCUUAUAAUAUACUUAAUCAGAGGCUUAACUCUCCAUGGAGCUAUGAAUGGGUUGACCUACAUGUUUACACCAAAGCUAGAGCAACUAGCAAACCCCAAGACUUGGAUUAAUGCAGCCACUCAGAUCUUUUUCUCCCUUGGGCUUGGCUUUGGCAGCUUGAUAGCUUUUGCCAGUUACAAUGAGCCGAACACCAACUGUGAACGACAUGCCAUAAUUGUUUCAUUGAUAAACAGCACCACCUCUAUUUUUGCCAGCAUUGUGACUUUCUCCAUUUAUGGCUUUAAGGCAACUUUCAAUUAUGAAAACUGCAUAAACAAGGUGAUCUUGGUGCUGAUAAAUUUUUUCGACCUAGAAGAAGGAUCGUUAUCAAUAGAAAAUCUUGAAGAUAUGAAACAGUUCCUAGCAUCCACCCGCCCCAGUGAAUAUGCAGAACUGUUGCCACAGAUUAAGAACUGCAGCUUGGAAGCUGAAUUAGACACUGCUGUUCAGGGGACUGGAUUAGCAUUCAUAGUGUAUUCUGAAGCAAUAAAGAACAUGGAAGUCUCACAGCUGUAUUCAGUGCUGUAUUUCAUUAUGCUACUUAUGCUGGGAAUAGGCAGCAUGCUCGGAAACACAGCAGCCAUCCUUACUCCUUUGACUGACAGCAAGUUCCUUACCUCCCACGUGCCUAGAGAGAUGAUCUCAGGUGGUGUGUGCCUUAUCAACUUUAUUGUUGGCCUGGCAUUCACCAUAGAGGCUGGUAACUACUGGUUUGAUAUCUUCAAUGACUAUGCAGCUACUCUUUCCCUACUGCUUAUUGUACUGGUGGAAACUGUUGCUGUCUGUUAUGUAUAUGGGAUCAAAAGAUUUGAGAAAGACCUUUGUGUGAUAAGUGGACAUAAACCAAGUUGGUACUGGAAGAUUAUGUGGGCUUUUGUUAGUCCUGUCAUAAUUGUAAGCCUGUUUAUAUUUUACAUCACGGACUACAUCAGAACAGGGACACUGCAAUACCAAGCCUGGGACGCAACAGAGGGUCAGCUGGUUACAAAAGAUUAUCCAAGUGGCGCCCUAGCAGUUAUUGGACUGCUUGUGGCAGCAUCCACUGUGUGUAUACCACUGGGUGCAUUACUAACUUUUAUAACAAAAAGAACAAAUCACUAGUCACUGGACUCAUGAGAACUUCAACAGCUGCAGUUUUCAUCCACCACCUUGAAGACUAUAGAAGCUACAGCCUGCAACAAUUACACAGAACUUUGCUACUGUUAUAUCAAAAUAUUAUCCUGGCUGUUCUUAUAAAUGGUGAAGAAAACUGUCCUGUAACAGAUGAAGAUUUAAUAUUGCCUUUGGGAGGAAUGAACACAGAAUGGUGGCUUACCAACACCCUGGAUUGUACAAAGAAGUAUAUAUUGGUCAAUUCACUCUGCUUUCUCGUGAACCAUCUUUGUCUCAGUGGAAGGGCAUCCUAUUGUAACUGAAGUGCCUGUGCACAACUAAUUUUUCCAUGUACAACAUACAGUUUAACCAUGUUAAAUUAUUUGCAUUAUUCAUAGGAUGUAUCUUUUAGCAUAUGCUAGGAAGUUUCUUUACAAGCUAUAUAAGCUCACUACUCAAGUUAGCAAUGUUUAUAUGCAAUCUCAAGGGCAGUUUCCAAGAUGUACAAAUCAACCUAAUUUUCCAACUUUUCUAGAGGUAGUUCACAUACCUUAAAAGAGUGGGACUAGGCAAAUGUUAAACAGUAAGAGCUACAAUGAAAUUGUGUCAUGAGCAAGGGAACUAAAGAGAGGCAUAUUUUAGUUACAUUAAAGUAAUAAGCUUGUAAAUGUUCUCAAUAGCAUAGUGCACUUAUUGUACAAUAUUUUAACAUUACCUUCAACUAGCAUAAACAUGAGUCAGAAAAUCCUAUAUAUGGACAAGUCACAAGAUUAAAAGUCACAUGUUCUUUUUACUAGCUUUCUUUUCCUGAACCAUGAUCAAGUGUUGCCAAAGGUCUCAUCUCUAAAACAGUAAAAACUGAACAUUUUUUUCAAAAAGAGAGUGGAUGUUCUCAGGCUUCUAACAAAUGGCUGUAGACUAUGCAAAAGGCCAUACAUCAUUCACCUAUAUCUUACCAAGACUGAAAAAGUACUUCAAAUUCAGAAAGGUAUCUGUUAAAUUUUGAAGUUCCCUAGCAGUUAUAAGGUUUCCAGGCCUUCUGCCAGUAAUUUCACUUUCUACAUUCAGCUCCCUUCAAUUAAAUUCACAAUGCAUGCAAAUGCUUAUUUUAGUCUUUGAACAUUUCAUGGCCUGCAGGCCUUUUAUACUCUGCAUUCUUUUUUCUAUGUAAGACUUACAGAAAGAUACUCAAGGUAUUAACUGAAACUUAAGAUGUACUUAAUUUCAAGCAACGUUGAAAAACCACAAAACAGCGCAAGGUCUUUUGUUGUAACAGAAUAUGUAGCAAGAAAAAGGGCUAUAUCAUAAGGAACAAAUUACAUAGCUUUGAGGAAAUUUAGAAGAAAUUUCAGUAUAUACUGGCUUAAGCAAGUCCAAAUUUGGGCUGAACAGUACUGGAGGUAACAAAGACACAUGUAAUCAGAUUUUCAGUAAGAUACAUGCGCAUAUACAUAACCAACACAACAUUUUCCACGCUUGUUUAUUAAAAAUUGACACUGAAACAAAACCUGUACAAAAAAUAGCCUAUGGUGCCUGGCAAUUUUCAGUGGCUUUAAAGAAAUUAUCGCCUUGGACCUCCUCUUCCUCUGCCACGUGCUCUACCUCUGCCACGUCCUCUACCACGUCCUCUUCCUGCAACUGAGUACAAAAAGAAAAACCUUCCUUUCAAAAAACUGAUAUAAUGGCAUAUGAAAAUUAUACCAGAUUUUGGAUCUAGAACUUCUAUUAUUUAAACAUUUUGUUUUCACUUCAGAAGUGUGCACUGCAGACUCAACAGCAAGAAAAUAUUUUAUCGAAGUAAUUCAUUAAUUUGGUUGCAAAAUGGUAUACAGCUAUUGUUCUAUUUCCCACUUUGGAUAAAAAUUCAAUGUAUUAAACUGGAAAAGAUGUGUUAGUGCUAUGAGUCCCAUCACCAGUAAACAUUGUCGUCACAAGCAGUACAAGUGAAAGCUCAAAGAAAUAUGCUAAGUAUACCUCUGUAAAUUCCACAUCUCCUUUUAGGUACAAGGAUAGAUUCCAUAACAGAUUAGUUCCCAGGAGAUUUCACUGUUCAAAGAACUUUUUUAAACAGCAAAAAUAGGACCCAGUGAUCUUAAGAAUCUUGCCUACAAGUACAAAGUUCAUAGCUCAGGUCUAUUCCAAAUACCUUAAGUCACUCUCUUAUAAUGGACUAGCCAGAUUCUGUGGGAAAUCUCCAGUGUAGCAAUCUUGCAUAAUUUGGGGUGGGGGAUAGAGAUCUAGUAGAUUCCCAGAAAUUUGUGGUUUCAAAAUGUAACGUGAAUAAUUAACACAAGAAUUCUCAUUCCACAACAAAUCCCUCUCCAUCAAAAAAUUAAAUAAAACUGGCAACAUGCAACAGAGAGCAUCUGAAUUUGCUAGUGCCCCAAACGUUUACAUUUGAAUCUAGACAUGUGCUCGUCUAACAAGACUUUCCUGGCUCCUCCCUCUGCCACAGACCCCUGACCCCGCCCCAAAUGUUCUUAAGGGUUGAAUGCAUAAGAAUUUAUGCUGCAAUUAAGUAUGAUGGAGGGGGACAAAGUGAAGUGUUCAUAUAAAGACAGCAAAUUAAUUCUUGAUAGUUUGAAAUCAAACACUAACCUGCUUCCCUUUUCUUGGAUUUGACUUUUGGUUCAACAUCCACCAGCAAGGUAUCCAGGGGCAAGCUGUCUGGUAGAAUGAAAUACCUAAUAUUAUUGCCUCGAAUACUCAAAGUCUCCAACUGGACAGGUUCUCUGUUCUUCAGAGUCAUCUUUACAGCUUUAAGAUGUGUAUUCAUACUGACAUCCACUCCUGAAACACAAAGAACAUAAAUCUUCCUGUACAUAUGGGUUUUUAAGAGACUUCUAUAACUAAUCACAUAGUUUCUAAAUAGAGGGUCAUAGUGCUAUACGCAGUGGUUCCCAAACUUUUUCCCCCCUAUGGACCACUGAAAAAUUGCUGAGCAUCUUGGAGGACCACUUAAUAAUUUUUC